AUGAUUGACCACAGUCCACCUCCAUCCACGCCCGCCAGCCCAUCGGGCCGUGGUGAUCAGCCGCAGAAUUACCUUCGCAUCCCAGGCCUCCUUUUCGACAACGUCCCAGCACUAAUCCCGCAAGAGCACUCUGCAGCCCUCAAGUUUCUCCAGCCCUCCGAUGUCGACCUCGGCAUGUCAUACGGCGAGUACUACACCCUUCUAGAGCCUUUUGACCGUGUAGCCCGCAAGCUCGUCGAUGUGUUUGACUACUGCAUCCAGGUUCUCAGACACGGUGCCGAGUCGGUCGCCCUGCCUUCGCAUUCUACCUUUACUAAUUCAUACUCCCAUGAUUCCAUCUUGGUCCUCCCUGACUUUUGGGACGGGUUUUUUGACCAGGUGCUUGAUUGUCUGGGUCACGCUGGGGAAAAUGUUGGUCUGUGUUCGCUUGAUGUCAUGUGGAUUGUGUGA